AAGACACAUACCAGCAAUACUGGCAGACGAACGCGGAACAAGCUGCAGAGAACAAGGACCGCGUUAUUGUUCGUAAAACGAAACAAGAGACAGGCUCUUGUGGGAGUACGAGACAGGCAUACUAUUGUCAAUAUCAGACGAACGCGGAGCGUAAGUCCUUUUGGUAUGUUGAAGACAGCUUUCUUGUUCGGAGCCGCCCGUGUAUAUAAGCCUCCGCAGAACGCCCACUGAAGACAUCUUUCGUCUCUACCAUCACGCCAGUGAGUAAGACCUCUCGAGGUUCGCGGCCUGCGUACUGAUGUCAGACAGGUUCUGCUCUGUCAUGGCUGGACACCGUGCGUUCGGUUACAAACUCACGUAUCAGUGGAUCCUCGACCGCGCCAAAAAGAUGGGCAUGGAACCCGUAGGCGAUUCUGCUGACGCCAGGGCAGAUGUUAUGGUAGAGCUGCUGACCAUUCUCGCCGCACAAUCCGACUUGUCCCGAUAUGUCGCGCCAGUCUCUGUCAAAGGCAAAGACGUCAUUGCCUUCUGUCUUGCUUCCACUGACCCCACCAACGGGCUACCCCGAAGGGUGACGGAUGCUGAAAGCAUUGAGAAGCUCAGGCAGAUGAUUGGAGUGGAUGGGCCUCCGAAUUGGUGGUGGGAGGACUAAUGGGGCAAUCCGCUCAGCUCAGAUGUGUGUGGCACACCUAGCCCUUGGCGGACAGUCUAGAGUACGCGUCCGACGCGCCGCGGACAUAUGGUCACGCUCUCAGUACCACCCCCCCCCUCCCCCCCGGUAGUUCUAGGCCUAUGUCUCGCUCAGAACUUAAUGCCUUGGUCGCCACUUUACAACAUAUGCAUGAGUGGUCAUAACGGCGUAACUAUGUGAGAUUCGGGUGGCCUCCAACAGCCUGAGCUUAAUAC